GCGCAAGGCUAUCCCGCGGGAAAUGGCGCAUUGAUCCGCUGGACAAUUUUUGUGGGGUAAAUACAGUCACGUGACGCGGGGGCAGCCAAUCGGAGGCAGCGGAGCCCGGAGAAAUAAUUACCUGCCUUGAUUGUUCUAUGGGCAGAUCAAAAAAAGUACACAUACACUCCAUAUAAUAAUCGGAUGCAUGUAAAGGAGUCUGGGAAGCUUCAACAUGUCGACCACGGGGCCCAUAAGUAAUUAUUAUGUGGACUCCCUGAUCAGCCACGACACCGACGAGGUCCUCGCAGCGGCGGCGGCUGCUGCUGCUGCGGCGGCGGCGGCCGCGACUCGCUUCUCGGCGCCUGCCUCACACCCUUCCGGUCCACGUCCCACGUCCCUCGUCCCGGACUGCGGAGACUAUCCGUCGUGUAGCUUCGCCCCCAAACCGGCGGUGUUCCCCACCUCGUGGGCACCCUCGCAGUCCUCGGUGGUGUACCAUCCGUACAGCCACCAGGCUCACUUGGGCACAGACUCGCGCUACGUGCGCUCAUGGCUGGAGCCCAUCUCGGGCGCGGUGCCUUUCCACGGCUACCCGGGCAACGGCAGGCACUUCCCCGAGCACAGAGCCGGCGACUGCCUCGGAAGCACCGGGCGGACCUACACGGAUUAUCUGUACUGCUCAUCGUCGGACAUGCGGGACAGGACGCUGCAGAGUCUGCCGUCACCGGAAUCCGAGCUGCUGGCUGCGGGGAAGCAUAAAGAGGAGAAGCCAGAGCUCGAUCCGAACAACCCGGUGGCCAACUGGAUCCACGCUCGCUCCACCAGGAAGAAGCGGUGUCCUUACACAAAGUACCAGACUCUCGAACUGGAGAAGGAGUUCUUGUUCAAUAUGUACCUCACCAGGGACCGCCGCUAUGAGGUGGCCCGGGUCCUCAACCUGACCGAGAGGCAGGUCAAAAUCUGGUUCCAGAACCGGCGAAUGAAGAUGAAGAAAAUGAACAAAGAGAAGAGCGACAGCAAGGCGAAAUAAUGUCGUGAAAGCCCCAACUGUCAGGAUUCGAACCACUAUAUAGACAGCACCCAUGGAGCCAGACCCUCUCUCUCUUUAUAUUUAUCAUUUGCUCAUUUUUAACCCCAUUUUAGAGACUCUUCGAUGCUUGUUAUUUUUCUACGCAAAUAUGUGUCCUUGUAAUUAAAAACA